AUGAAGAAUAUGACUUUCAGAAAGCUAAAAAAGUUUAGUUCAAAUGACACGGACUGUGGAACUGCGCGCUCGGACAGCGGCGAGAUCUACUUUUCCUCUUCAAAGUCGGACAGUUUAGUUAUGGACCGGCCGACUAGUUCCUCAGAUAUUUACAACUACAAGACCCUCGCUUAUUCUGGAGGAACGUUACCCCGGAAUUAUAGAAAGGGGGCGCAGCACAAGUGGAAGCCUCAGAAUCAGUCACCGGAGCAGUGCAGGAAAGUCAUUACCCUGGAGAAAGGACAAGAGGAGAGUUUUGGAUUUGAGAUUCAGACCUACGGCCUGCAUCAUCAGGAUGAGAACUCUGUGGAGAUGUGCACGUUCAUCUGCAAGGUGCAUGAAGACAGUCCUGCCCAGCGGGCUGGCCUCAGAGUUGGGGAUACCAUAGCAAGUGUGAACGAGUCCAGCGUGGAUAGAUGCCGACACAAAGACAUCGUUCAGCUCAUCAGGUCGUCUGGUAACUGCGUCAGGCUGGAGACUGUGUACAGUGACGCCAUUCGGAAAGCGGAGCUGGAGGCUCGGCUGCAGUACCUGAAGCAAACCCUGCAUGAAAAAUGGGAUGAAUACCGGUCCCUGAUGAUGCAGGAACAGAGGCUGGCGCACGGCCUCAUGAUGAGCGACGCCGCCAUGUACGAGUCACUGGAGUCGGUCAGGGCCCUGGUGUACAGUAGCCUGGGAACCUCCAGCCCCGCCUCUCUGCGUGCCGUCCGCUGCAUGAGCAGUGCCAGCAGCAGCGCCAGCCAGCUGAGCGGCACCACGGAGGAUGACGCGCUUUACCAGACCUGCCUGUACCCAGGGGAGCAGUCGACCAGCAUCAACAAUACCGCUGCAGGCUCCGGCUCCGCCCAGGAGGAAGAUGGAGGGAGGGAGCAGCUGGGAAACAGAGCCCUGCACCGCUGCACCACAGUGGCCUCCAGCCUUCUCUCCACCACCAAGAGCCAGCUGACCCGCAGCGCCAGCACCCGCAGCUACCUGCGCGCGGCUCCUCCGCUCGCCGGGGAAAGGCCGACCGGAUCCGGCUCCCUGCCACGGAAACCCAAGCAGAUGAGUUUCAGGAGGCGUCUGCUAAAGUUUAUCCCGGGACUGAAUCGAGCCCUAGAAGAAGAGGAGAGCAAGCUGUGACAGCCACACCAAAGAGGGCGCUAGAGAGUCCGAACCCUGUACAUAGCGCUGUUCAGGUUUUGUUAAGGUCGUUUUGUUUAACUUAUUUAUUUAUUUUGUUAUUUGUACAGAUUUUUUUAACAAAAGUUUGUGACAUUGUCUUUUUUCAAUCUGUGAGCUAAACAAUUCCUUGCCAACUUCCAAAGACUAUCCUUAUGUCCACUUUGUACUGAUAUUUUUCAUAAAUGCAUUUUUUAAUUUAUUUAUGAAAUGUAACUUCUUUUUCAGUGGACCCUUUUUGCAUCUUAAAAAAAUUAAAAAUAAAACAUUGGCAAUGUC